AUGGCGACGUCCCCCUCGCAGCAGAAGGAGAACACGCUGCUGCACCUCUUCGCCGGAGGGUGUGGGGGCACAGUUGGUGCUAUUUUUACUUGUCCUCUAGAGGUAAUUAAGACCAGACUUCAGUCUUCAAGAUUAGCUUUACGAACUGUCUACUAUCCUCAAGUCCAGCUGGGGACCAUCAGUGGAGCAGGAGUGGUCAGACCAACAUCAGUAUCACCUGGACUCUUACAGGUUCUGAAGUCAAUUUUGGAGAAGGAGGGACCAAGGUCACUUUUUAGAGGCUUGGGUCCAAAUUUAGUUGGAGUUGCACCAUCAAGGGCUGUAUACUUUGCCUGUUACUCUAAGGCCAAAGAGCAGUUUAAUGGCAUUUUUGUGCCUAACAGCAAUAUUGUUCACAUUUUCUCCUCUGGAUCUGCAGCUUUUAUCACAAAUACCUUAAUGAAUCCUAUAUGGAUGGUUAAAACCCGGAUGCAAUUAGAACGAAAAGUAAGAGGUUCCAAACAGAUGAACACUGUCCAGUGUGCUCGUUAUGUUUACCAGACAGAAGGCAUUCGUGGAUUCUAUAGAGGAUUAACUGCCUCAUACGCUGGUAUUUCUGAGACCAUAAUCUGUUUUGCUAUUUAUGAAAGCUUAAAGAAAUGGCUAAAAGAGGCCCCAUUAACCCCGUCUGCAAAUGGGACUGAGAGAAGCAGAAACUCCACCAAUUUUUUUGGACUUAUGGCUGCUGCUGCUAUUUCCAAGGGAUGUGCCUCCUGUAUUGCUUAUCCACAUGAAGUCAUAAGGACACGGCUUCGAGAAGAGGGCACCAAGUAUAAAGCUUUCAUUCAGACAGCUCGCCUGAUAGCAAGAGAAGAAGGUUAUCUGGCCUUUUACAGAGGACUCUUUGCCCAGCUCAUCCGGCAGAUCCCAAAUACUGCUAUUGUGUUGUCCACCUAUGAGCUAAUUGUGUACUUACUAGAAGACCAUACAAAGUGACAGGCCGGGAAAUGGGCUUUAGAAGAAUAAAACUGAAAAACUGCCGGGCAGUUUCUCCAUUGAUGUUUAAAAUGUUUAAGAGACUGAUGCAGGAAUGGCUGAAACAUCUCUGGCUUUUAUCACCUGCUGGACUUUUCCUUUUGGAUUCAUGCUUUCUGGAAGGUUUUAAUUCAUUAACGUUAAUAGUUAAUUACAAUUUUUUAACUUAAGAAUUCAGAAUUAAGCAGCUACUAAAUUAAAUCAUGCUAUUUAAUUUAAGUAUAAA